CGUCGGGUCUGCAUCAUUUCGUGUUCAACCGCAAACUACCUACCACCACAGCAACUUGCAAUAAUGAACGCAAAUUACAUCCCCUUGGGGAGCGUGGAUGAGACGGCGUAUUUUGAUAGAGGAGGAGAAGAGCAACCUGUGCGGCAUCACAGAAUUGAAGGAAAGACGCCUGGUAUGUAUAGCUUGGGGCGCAUCUUUGCUCGUAUGCCCCAAUUGAAUCAGCAUAAGCUAACAUCCAGAACAGAGGAGAGAAAAGAGAUCGCACGCGCAAUCCGGCUCGCAGCCAAGAAGGAGAAGAAGAAGAUCAAGUCCGAUGCGAAGAAACAGAGAAAGCAAAAUGCUAUUAUGCAUCGUCGUCUGGUAAUUUCACUCACCCACCGUCCAUCCCCGCACUUUUACUGAGGCCAAUUGAAUCUGACGGAUCUUUGCAGACUAAAAACCCAGAGAAGUACGUCAAAAAUAAGGAGCGUAACAAGUUGCGAGAUAUCGACAAUGAGCGCCACAAGAUCCGAAUGGAAGCUGUACGACAAGCCGAACGACUCGCUGCUAUACAUGAUCCAUCUGGAAAGAUGUUCAAUAUUGGACAGGUCAUCGUUCUAGAGGAUGGAAGAGUCAAGAACAAGGAGCUUUGGGAGCGGGCGGAGGAAACCAGAAAGGCUAAGGAGGCAGGCAUCGAGCUACCAGCACCCAACCCCGCCGAGGGCAUAAAUCCCGAGCGUAUGCCAUUGAUCAAGGGUGGUAUUCCCGUUGCAAACCCUGCGGCGCCUGCGAAGAAACUCAGUAAUAAGCAAAGGGCGAGACUCGCUGCUUCACUCCCGAAACCAGUUCCUCCACGUCCAAUUCUUCCACCUGGUAUUAGUAUUCCAAUGGGCGAGGAGGAUUUCAUUUCCCAAUUCGAUAUUACGGACGAGGACAUUCAAAAGCGACUUUCGAAAGCCAAGGGUGCGAAGAAGACCGCGGCAAAACAAUUACGACGGGUUCAGCAAGAGCAGAAGAAAUUCAACAAGGCGAUGAAGAUCAAGAAGAAGCAAGCCGCCAACAGAGGUGAAAUUUGGGAUCCUAUCAAAGCCAAGAAGGAAGUUUUAGGAGAACAGGAGGCCGAGGAAGCUGCCAAAGAGGCCGAGGAGGCAAAAAAGAGCAAUAAUGAGGAGGGUAAAGAUUCCGACUCUAGCUCUUCUGGUUCUGACUCUGAUUCUGAUUCCGAGUCAGAGUCGGAUUCUGAGGGCGAGGAGGAGAAAUCCGAGAAACCAAAGUCAAAUAAAUCCAAACGCCGAGCUGAAGACGACGCCGAAGGCGAACCGCAAGCAAAAAAGAGCAAGAAGUCCAAAUCAUCUUCCGAUGACACUGAAGCGAAGAAGGGUAAUGGACUAGAUUUUGAGUUCGUUGUUCCCCCCGUAAAGAAGAAGUCCAAAACCAUUCUACACCGCGAAGUACCCAAAAUCAAUCUCAAGCUCAUCCAACCUGAAGGUAUCGAUAAGACUCUUAAAAAGCAUAUCAAGAAAGCCCGAAAAGAUGCCAAGCGAGCAGCCGAAGCCAUCGAAAAAGCCAAAAAGAAGAAGAUAGAAGAUGAAAAGGCUCUCGAAGCCGAGAAUGCUAAACGUGCAGCACUCGGUAUCCCACCAAAGAGAAAACCGAAGCAAGCGGUAGAAGUUCCACCUGAGGAAGCACAUCUCAACAAAAAGGCCAGAAAGUUCUUGAGAGAUCAGAGAAAGGCUGAGGAAGCUGCCAAGCUUUCUGGUGAGAGCAAGGAGGAGAUAGAGGCAAGAUUGGAGAAGGAGGAGGCAGCUCGGAAAAUCAAGAAGGCCGAAAACAAGGCUAAGAAGGAAGAGCUUGAUCGCCACGUCGCUGCUGUUAUGCUUGAGAAGAAGGAGGCAGAGGCAAGAUUUGAGAAAGAGAAGGCAGCCCAGAAGGCCGAGAAAAAGGCUAAGAAGCAAGAGCCUGACCGAGCCUCCGCUGCUGCUAUUCCUGAGAAGAAGGGCCUUGCGGUCCAGUGGAAUUCUGACAAGCUUGGUGGGGGUGCGGCGCGACAGGAUAAAUUCAACCGCCUGCUAGGUGCGAAAAAGGCAAAUGUUGAGGAGAAGAGUGAGGAGAGAAAGAGUAAGAAGGUCAAGAAUGAGGUUGAUCUUGAAAAGGUGCAGAAUGAGUUGGAGAGACAGUAUGAGAGUGGUAUGAAAAUGAAAUAUGAUGGGGGUGGAAAACGUAGGGGAUUGGGCGCUUGAUCUUUCUGGGAGAAAACAUUAAAGGGACGCGCGGGUCUUCUGAGGUUGCUCUUGGGGGACGAAUGAGUUUGUCUUGCUUGAUGGGGUUGGUGGAGUAAGUAGGUAAGUAAAAUGUGCUUGGUACUCUAGUUUC